AUGAUGGAUGAAUCAAAUGAGAUCAUCCUGCAGAAAUCAAAGAGAUUGACAUCUGUCGUCUGGAACUACUUUGAGAGAGUGAGAAAAGCUGAUGUGUGCUACGCCGUUUGCAUUCAGUGCAACAAGAAACUGAGCGGGUCAAGCAACAGCGGAACGACUCAUCUCCGGAACCAUCUCAUGCGGUGUCUCAAGAGAACAAACCACGACAUGUCUCAGCUCCUAACACCAAAAAGAAGGAAGAAAGAAAAUCCAGUAACAGUCGCCACCAUCAACUUCGACGAAGGCCAAGCGAAAGAGGAGUAUCUAAGGCCAAAGUUCGAUCAAGAGCAGCGUAGGGACGAGGCUGUUCUAACCAGAGGAAGCGGUGGUGGAGGAGGGAGGUUUAGUCAAGAAAGGAGCCAGCUUGAUCUUGCACGUAUGAUUAUCUUGCACGGUUAUCCUCUAUCAAUGGUUGAUCAUGUUGGUUUCAAAGUGUUUGCUAGGAAUCUCCAGCCUUUGUUUGAAGCUGUGCCUAACAGCUCCAUUGAGGACUCGUGUAUGGAGAUGUACAUUAGAGAGAAGGAGAGAGUGCAACACACUCUCAACAACUUGUACGGCAAGGUAAAUCUCUCCGUGGAGAUGUGGUCUUCUAGGGAUAAUGCUAACUAUGUGUGUUUGGCCUCUCAUUACAUCGAUGAGGAGUGGAGGCUACAGAGGAAUGUUCUAAACUUUAUCACUUUGGAUCCUUCUCAUACUGAAGACAUGCUCUCUGAAGUUAUCAUCAGGUGUUUGAUGGAGUGGAGUCUUGAGAGCAAGCUUUUCGCUGUUACCUUCGAUGGUUUCUCUUUGAAUGAUGAGAUCUUCUUGAGGAUUAAAGACCACAUGAUGUCUCAGAGCAGCCAGAUAUUUGAGCUGAAAUCCGCAGCUCAUGUUCUUAACUCUCUUGUCCAAGAUUGCUUGGAGGAUAUGAGAGAUGUGAUCCAAAGGAUUCGAGGAAGCGUUAGGUAUGUCAAGAGCUCGCAGUCAACACAAGCAAGGUUCAACGAGAUCUCUCAGCUCGCGGGGAUCAACUCCGAGAAGAUUCUUGUUCUUGAUUCUCUUGUCACCUGGAACUCUACUUACUCCAUGCUUGAAACCGUGCUCGAGUACAAAAGUGCGUUUUGCCAUCUCCGUGACCACGACCACUCGUUUGAUUCGUCUCUAACCGAUGAAGAAUGGGAAUGGACGAGAUCAGUCACAGGUUAUCUCAAACUUGUGUUCGAGAUUGCCUCUGUCUUCUCAGGAAACAAGUGUCCAACAGCGAAUGUGUACUUUGCUGAGAUGUGUGACAUCCACAUCCAGUUGAUAGAGUGGUGCAAGAGCCAAGACAGUUUCUUAAGCUCUCUAGCAGCGAAGAUGAAGGCUAAGUUCGAUGAGUACUGGAACAAAUGCAGUCUUGUUUUAGCAAUCGCUGCGAUCUUGGACCCGAGGUUCAAGAUGAAACUUGUAGAGUAUUACUACUCCAAGAUCUAUGGCAGUACCGCUCUGGACAGAAUCAAGGAAGUGUCCAAUGGCGUCAAGGAGCUUCUUGAUGCGUAUUCGAUCUGCUCAGGCCUUGGAGGUGAUGAUUCUUCCUUCUCUGGCGGCUUAGGUAGAGCAAGCAUGGACACUAGAGACAGACUGAAAGGAUUCGACAAGUUUCUCCAUGAGACUUCUCAGAACCAAAACACAACGACGGAUUUGGACAAGUACUUGUCUGAGCCGAUCUUUCCUCGUAGUGGCGGCGAGUUCAACAUUCUGAACUACUGGAAGGUCCAUACGCCGAGGUACCCUGUCCUGUCGAUGAUGGCACGAGACAUUUUGGGGACGCCGAUGUCGAUUCUUGCGCCUGACUCAACGUUUAACUUGGGGAGGCCGUUGGUUGCUGAUAGCCAGAGCUCGUUGAGUCCUGAUAUUGGACAGGCUUUGUUCUGUGCUCAUGAUUGGUUGUCUACAGAGACUGAAGAAAUUCAACCAUUGUCUAGACAAUACGCUCUAAGUCUCUAA